ACUCUUACGACUCUGAAUUUAUAGCCUCGGGACUUAAAAUAUUUUCGGCCGUGUUUUCUUUGAAUGACUUCAACGUGAAAAAUUGUGGAAGAUUGUUUGUGUCAUAAUUAUUAAAAAAGAACUGUGAAAGCCUCCCAAACAGCAGCUUGUUGUGCAAAUUAUAAAGAAAAUAUAUGUGCACGUUUAAAAAUGUCGGAUACGUUCAAAUCAGUUUCUAUGAUGUGAAAAUGCAUUUUCUCUCGUGGCGUUAAUACACAUUCCUAGCACUGUGAGAAAAUUGCGACAAAGGAGCUGAACGCGUUAAGUACAAAAUCGGAAAUAUAAAGAAUUUGAUGAAUACUGUCCAGAAUAGCGCCGUGUAUAGUUCAUGGAUAUAAAUGGAUCAGGAUUAGACAGUAAAAAGUAAUCGUUUGCAACUUCUACUGUUAGAAGUGAUUUGGCAAAAAGACAAAGAUCGUGCAACUUAACUCAUACGAGUAGGGCAUGUCGUUCAUCAAUAAUCUUAAAAAAGUCUUUCAUUUGGGAAGCGGCGAAGCCAAGAAGAAGCGCCAUGGCAAUAACAUUAAAAUGGAUACUGAUCCAGCCGAAAUCUGGGAAAUUGUUGGCGAACUUGGCGAUGGUGCUUUCGGAAAGGUAUACAAGGCCCAACACAAGGACACGAAACAAUUCGCUGCGGCUAAAAUGUGUAUAUUGGAAGCGGUUACCGAUUUAAGUGAUCACAUGGUAGAAAUCGAUAUUUUAUCGGAAAUAAGACAUCCGAAUAUAGUCGAGUUGUAUGAAGCAUUCUUCGUGGAGCUUAAAUUAUGGAUGCUUAUUGAGUAUUGCGAUGGCGGCGCCUUAGACAGUAUAAUGGUGGAACUAGAAAAACCAUUAAAUGAACCACAAAUCGCCUAUGUAUGCAAGCAUAUGACAGAAGGAUUGGACUUCUUGCAUAAAAACAAAGUUAUACACAGGGAUCUAAAAGCUGGAAACGUUUUGCUUACAAUGGAAGGAGGUGUAAAGCUAGCUGAUUUUGGUGUAUCGGCCAAAAACAAGCAUACCCUCCAGAAGCAUGAUACGUUCAUAGGUACACCAUACUGGAUGGCACCAGAACUUGUAUUGUGUGAGACAUUCCGUGACAAUCCAUAUGAUCAAAAGGUCGAUAUCUGGUCGUUAGGCAUUACACUAAUUGAAUUAGCUCAAAUGGAACCACCAAAUAGUGAAAUGUCUCCAAUGAGAGUUUUACUGAAGAUACAGAAAAGCGACCCACCACGAUUAGACCAACCUUCCAGGUGGAGUAAAGAAUUUAAUGAUUUUCUUAAAAAUUCGCUAGUAAAGGAUCCAAAUCAAAGACCAUCAACGGAAACAUUAUUACAACAUGCAUUUAUAAAUCGCGAUCUUGAUGCCAAACCUAUCAAAGACUUAUUAUUAGAAUAUCGAGCUGAAGUGGUUGAGGAAGUGGUGGAUGAUGAAGCAGAGGAACCCCGCAACUCAGCGCUCCCCCUAGAUUUGGACGAUGAUUCCGCUUCAGUUCAAAGCCAAGAUAUUGACAAACUGUCAGGUACCCUUAGAGAUAAUAAAGAACAAUCUCAAACAAAUAAUUCACAAACAAAUAAACAAGAUGCUGCGGAAAAUAAAACAGCACCAAUAAGCGAAACAUCUUCAAUUACAUCUAGCAGAUUGGCAAACGAAAAUGAAAUGGAUUCCUUGGAAAAAUCAAAGGAUUUGGCGAACAAGUCCCAGCGCCAACUAGCACAAUUACAACAAAUUCCUGAAGAUUUGCCCGUAUCAGAUGUUGAACAGUCGUCAACGCAAAAUGUAUCGGAUGUGGAUAAAAAGAUUACUAAGAGGGAGAAAGGUAAAGCGCCACCUCCUCCGACAACUGUCAUUACAAAACCAAAGGACAUUGCACCCCAGACUGUUGAAGUUGCCAUCGAAUCCAAUGAAGCCUAUGAAGAUACAUUGACUUUACUGCCAAAGAACGCGGAAGAAAUAUAUGAGCAGAGUGUCAGUAGGACCAUAAAAUCAGAUAGUCCUGUUCGCCAAGGGGAUUCAGUAAGAUCGUCGAACUCCCCCGAGGCAUCAUCAUCAGCAAAGAGUUUCAGUUCUAGUGCAGCUAUUGUAAGCUCCAGCACUUCUAUGAUAACAAUCAACAGUAAUACGUCUGCAAGAAGUCAAUCUGAGUCGUCGUUGGUACUUUCUCAAAAUGUUAUCUUGCCAAAUAGUUUAGAAGCCGGCACUAGACAAAUCACAGUAGUAACAAGCACUCAUCCACCUGUUGUUAUUGACAAUACCAUGAGUCGACCGGCACCACAGCCACCGACACCACCUCAACAACAAAGUCAAUUAUCUAGUGACGUUGUUAUUGUGUCUAAUAUCCAAAACAAAUCCACACACAUUCAUGAAUCAUCGACAGAUGAUGACUAUCCAUCCAUGGAUGAAAGUAUUGGUGCGUCAUCGCCACCACCUCCUCACAAGCAGUCAUCAAUGAUAGUCACUCUUAACAGUGAGCAGAGCAGCACCGAAGAGACUGAUAGAGGCUACACUUCUUUCCGCCCAUCGGCCACACUUGUCCGUAAAUUAGACGAGAGUGAGGUCCUAAUAGUGAGUCCUUCAUUUACCACCGAAGAUGAUUCAGCAUAUAAUACGCCCUCUGAAAUCCAACAUGAUCAUAGUGCCGAUCAGCAUUUGAUGGAUACGAGCCACGUAUCUGUUGUCACAGUGGGUGACGAAAUACGUGUCAAGGACAGUAGUCACUUGUCUCGAACAGACAAUACUUCGAAUACAGUCCUUGAUACAUCAACUGUUGUAAGUGACAAAAGACACAAUGGCCAGAUUUCUAGAACUCAAAAAAAUACUUCUUCAAUUGAUACGGACGAUAUAAACAUUAUAGUUAAUCGAAAUAGACAAGAACCAAAUGCCUUUUUGCCUACUGGAAUGGCAGGAGUAGAUGGAAGCGAAUCUGGAUCAAUUAGAUCAAGUACUGGCAGUAACAACAAGAUAGUCCGUCGUGGUGCGGAGGUCAAAAUUGCUGUAUCAGCUGAUAAAAGUGAUGCAGAAAGUGUUUGCACUACUGCUAGUCAUGAUAGUCGCAUUGAAGUCGAUGUUGACGCCGCGGAGAGAAAGGACAGAAUAGAAGAUGAUGACGUUAUUAUACGUCGAAAACCAGCUUAUAAGAGUGGUUAUGGUGGCAUGGCUUCUGGUCUAACAAAAGAAGAAAUUGAACUAAAAAAUCUGCGCAAAAAAACAAGAAAGCGAACGAGAAAAUUUGAAAUUGAUGGUGUGCAAGUAACAACCACAACAAGCAGAGUUAUAUAUGGAGACGACGAAUCAGGGCGACUAUAUGACGACCAUGUUUUCCGUAAGCAAGAGCUACGGGAGUUAAAAAUGUUGCAAAAGCAAGAGAAAAAGCAACAAACUGACUUACAACUAAAAGAGCAAAUAAGCAAAGAGCAACAAGAUCGUCGUUUCGAACAGGAAAGAAGCUCUCUCGAGAAGACAUACGAAUCAGAUAUGGACGGUCUGGCUCGACAACAUAAGCAGUUAAUAGAAAAGACGGAACAAGCUCAGGAACAUGAAUUACGAUCGUCUUCUAAACGAAUACGAGCCGAACAAGAAAAAGAGCUAAAAGUAUUUCGGGAAGGUCUCAAGCAGGAAAUCCAUUUGCUUAAACAAGAAGUUGAUCUUUUACCGAAAGAUAAACGAAAAGAUGAAUUCAAACAACGUCGGACCGCCAUGGAAUUGGAUCACGAAGAAAAGGAAAGAGUCUUUCUCGACGCAUUGAAGGAAAGACAUGAAUUAUUAUUAAGACGGUUAAGCGAAAAACAUCGAGAUCAUCUUUCUACAAUUCACAGAAACUUUUUACAACAAAAGCAAAAUGCCAUGCGCACUAGAGAAGCUUUACUUUGGGAGCUUGAAGAGAAACAGCUGCACGAAAGACACCAGCUUUCCAAACGUCACGUGAAAGAGAUGUGUUUCAUGCAACGACAUCAAAUGAUUGUUCGACACGAAAAAGAACUUGAUCAGGUGAAACGAAUGUUGCAACGAAAAGAGGAGGAUUUACUUAAAAAGCAAGCCUUAGAAAAACGUGCACUGCCAAAACGUAUUCGAGCUGAACGGAAAGCUCGUGAACUUAUGUUUAGAGAAUCUCUUCGCAUAUCUUCCAAUCUUGAUCCCGAAGUCGAAAGAGAACGCUUAAAAAAGUUUCAAGAACAGGACAAAAAAAGAUACACCCAAGAGGAAAGGAGGUUCGAAAUAAAACAUCAAAAGCAAUUGGAAGAAUUACGGGCUACACGAGAGAGCACUAUAAGGGAGCUGGAACAGCUGCAGAACGAAAAGCGUAAAGCCCUUGUAGAGCAUGAACACGCUAAGCUAUCCCAGAUUGAUGAACGUUUAAAGGCUGAAUUGAGAGAAUGGAAGGAUCAGCUGGUGCCACGAAAACAGAAAAUGAUUGAAACAUUUAAAGGCAUCAUGAGGGAGUUCGUACGUCAAUACGGAAUAAGAGAGGACGAUCGAAUGUACGAGGAUUUAGUGAGACUGCCGAUUGAGUUGCCCAAUCAUUUAGUUGGAAUAUUUAAUGACAUUCCACGUGUAGUGCCAAAAGGAACUUUUUUAAACAAUGCACAACAAAUGCUUCGGUCGAGAACAUUGUCAAUGUUUUCAUCUAGCAUAGCUUCGAAUUUCCGUAGUUCCGUGCCAGAUCUUAGUAGAAGCGUCCCAAAUACGCCGGUUUUCUACAAACAGGAUCGUCCUAUGACAUCGAAUGAGCUAUUAGAAGGAUCCGAUUCUAUCUCGCGUACACCCAAGAAAUCCGAGAUAAGUGUAGCUACUAGAUUGAGUAAUUUUUCCAGACACGAUGGUAAUAAAAACAUGGGACUGCGCUCGACGUCACCGUCCCUUAGAAAUACAAUUAACAAAGACGAUAUUGUUAAAAUCAAAACGUCUCCAACACCAAGUGCAAUACAUUCCAUCAAGGAAGAAAAUAACCAAGUUUUAACAACAUUUCGAGAUUCGUUGAAACCAUCCACUGUUGAACUUCGUAUAAAUUCGGAUGACAUUGUUGUUAAUCGUUUUGGUCGACAAUCUCUUGCCUCGAGCGAAGAACAAGGAAAGUCACAUCCACUUCUUCAUCCAUCGUCUUCUUUCGUCAUUAAACGACCAUCAAUUCUACCAGAAAGAACAAAAUCCUUGAAUGCAUCAUAUUCGCUUCACAACAUUUCGGAAAACUAUACGGCAGUGCAGCGCCAAGUUUCUCUAAAUGAUGGUAAUUUGGCAGGCGAAAAAGCGGCAGCCCUUCUGAAUGAGGUCGAUCCAGAGCUUCGUGCUACUCUGCGACGUUCCAAUGCAUGUCAGGACGAUAGGCCAUAUGAUGGAUUUUUACUUCAAAGGGGUCCUAAAUUUACUCUUCCCAGAGUUGUACAGGAUGCUACCGAAAAUCAAAAAACUAAAAAUACAGAUUCUGCCACAUAGCUGAUACAAAAAAACCAUGCCAUAAAUCACAUUUCCCAUUAUUUCAUACAUUGUCCCUCAGCAUUUCUUAUUUUUUUAACACUAACUAGUAUGUGUCGUCUUAUAUGUUACGUAAACAUUAUCCAUUUCUUUAAACUUGUUUUAGAUAACUACCCUAAUAUUUAAUUGUAUUAAAUAUAACUCUCUAUCAUAUAUAUAUAUAUAUAUAUAUAUAUAUAUAUAUAUAUAUAUAUAUAUAUAUAUAUAUAUAUAUAUAUAUAUAUAUAUAUAUAUAUAUAUAUAUAUGUAUAUAUCCGCAAAGAAGAUAAAGAGGCAGAUUUCAAAGCUAUAUUAAUCUUAUGCUUGGCAUUUUAGUAGCUCAUAUGUGACUAUUGUGACUAUAAAGUACAUCAUGAGUAGUGUCAUAGAAACGCUAGUUAUGGGCAAUUGGACCGUAUUUUAUUGACUAUGUAUUUGUUUUUGUCUUUAGAACGUUGAGUGCGAAUUGUACAAUUACCGUUUUAAUUAUUAUUUCGUUUAUUCGUUAAUUUUGAAAUAAUAAUUGUUUUUUUAUUAAAAUCGUAAAAUGGGGGGUAUGAAAUUUACUGUUUUUCCGACAGUAAAUAUUUUCUACAAAUCGUAUAUUACUUCAAGGUAUUAGCGUUUAUCAACAUGUGAAGAACACUGUAAAUUGUAAAUGUAAAAUUAUUACUCGUCGCUCUGUUUACGCAAAUUACUCAACCUUUACAUCUGUCCACAUUUGGUCGUUCAAAAAGGUCCAAAUGCAAAACUCAUUCUUCAAAGCAAUUUUUAUUGUCAUGUAGGUCAUAUAAAUUGCAAAUAAUAAAUCGCUUUAAUCCCACGUGAAUAUUUUUUUUGUGAACCCAUCUAGCUCAAAUAAGUUGUAAUCUUAUGACUUUUCUUUUUGAAAAUCAUAUACUAAGCAACAUUUUCAAUAUAGGGCCACGUACCAUAUGCUUUAAUUUUAUAAUUGGAAACAUAAUGGGUAUAGCACAUCUAUUAAAAAUGAAAGCGGGUUAUGAUUGUCUUCAUAAAGUAUUUUUCUACAAUUAUAAGUUUCAUUCAAAUGAGCUGAUAUUUGGACAGCCAAACACAAUUUAUCUUUAUACUAUACUUUACAUCGUAGUCAUUUUUCCGCCAUAUUUUAUCAUUCAGUCUGUAACACAUAAAUAGAUUCAUUGGGGAUAUCAAUGGAUUAAACUAUAUGCGACUGGCUUUCCUCAUUCCGCUGAAAUCACGAUAUAUGGCGCAAUAGUUCAGAUAAACUUCAUACAGACGUAUAUCCUCCAUAUAGCAUUUUGGGUUGUCAUUGGAUGAAAAUUUGCCAAACGAAAGUAGAUAGUAGAAGGAUUAUUCCAAUAUUAGAAUAUAAAUAGGUAGGACACAUGCUUUAAAAAAGCUAAUGUUUUACAAAUGUUCGGAGCAAAACUAAUUUGUUCAUUUACACUCUUUCAAUCAGAAUUAAAAAAGAAAACAUUACAAAUGUGCAAUUCGAUCUAGUCAAAUAAAAAAAAAAACAUACAAUAUAAAAAAUGACAAAAAAUGAGUGUCGAGCAUCUCCCCUAGCUGAGAAAAGUAGAUUUUGUUUUCUCUUUUAUCCAUUGUAUGCUUGUUCGAAUUUACAAUUUAGCAGAGCCUUAGAAAAUACAAGUUUAUAUUGAGUGGAACUGAUAUAUGGAAGCUAAAUUUGGCCGAGGUAUUUGUAUGCCUUACGUAUGUUCCAAAAAUUCAAUCUAAUUGGACAAACUCAGCAUGGUGCGCCAUUUACAUCAAGUUAUAGACAAAUAUAGUAAAGCUAUAUCUAUAUUCUAAGAGCUCAAGAUAGAUUUUUUAUGGCGUGCUAGGGUUCAAAUUAUUACCUAUUGUAAGGGCGUUCUUCUAAGAGAUAACUGAUUUGAAGUUUAAAUAAUGAAACACAUGCCAAAUUAUGAAAUGGCAAACAUAUUUUUAUUUGAUAGAUUUUUUUGUCUUUUAACAUUUAAAUAUAAUGCUUUGUGCAAACAUCAGUCUCAACGACAGCAAUAUUUUCAAUCCCAUGGCGGCCGGUUCUAUGUACCGGAUUGACCCGGAGGAACAAACCUUCGACCAAGGACCGUCUACCCAGCAAAUAUAUGUUCGUGUUCGCCCAUUUUUCUGAUGUGGGAGCAACAUUGCCCGGAAUGUUUGCUCAGUAUUUUCUUGGUCCGAGUUUGGAUCGUGACCAACCCCAGUCAUGGUUCUGCUCCGUUUGUCAUAAUUGCAUCCACCACAGAUCGGUCUCAGUGAGAUGCAACGGAUGGAUGGAGUGGGUCCAUCGUCGUCGGGUACGAGACUCCCCUUUAAUCUUCAUAACAGCUACCCAUUACUGUUGAAGUUCCGGACAAGGCAUAUGUUCUCCAAUUCAACUGCGAUUGUCUCCGGGAUUGUGAUGGAUACAACGUAUUGAUGAAGGAUCUCACCAGAGGUGGAGGAUUAGCGUUCCUAUUGCACCACUCUGUCCGGUACAGAGCUAUCUCGCCUGAGCUUGACUAAUUUGGAACCGCCAAGUUAGGGGUGCUUAACGUGUACACCCUACCGUUAAAUAGUUGUGGCCCACGUUUUGUGCCCAAAAUUAGUUUACUUCUGGAAGGCAAUAACCGUCUGGUGAUAGGGGAAUUCAAUGACCAUCAUGAAUUAUGGCAUUCCUUCCUAGGUAAUGACCAAAGGGGCAUGGCGCUGGCUAAGCAAAGUGAUAGCUCAACGCUUUGCACAGUGAAUGUGGACGCGCCCACCAGAAUAAGGCGAGACUGCCACAACUCAUCGGACAUAUCCCCAGGUCUGACGAAUGGCGUCACAUGGCAAUCAGAACGCCUCACUUUCAUUAACCAUGGGAAAGCCCAUUGCAAGAAUUCAGGGAACAUACAAAUCGCCGCUUUAGUUAACUGCCCAGCUCAUCUGAUGUACAGGUAGCAGAUAUGUGUUUUCGGGACAUCAUCAAAGCUGCAGCCGCUCGUUAUAUACCUGCUGGUCGAAUAUCUGAAAUAAGACUAAAUUUGCCAGAAAAGGCAGCCAUCCUUAUAGUUCCCGAUGCUUGGAAAAUGAGCAAGGUGGUCCCGCUACUGAAGGCAGGCAAGGAUGCCACCAAAAUUGAUUCAUACAGGCCGAUAUCACUUUUGUCACCAGUAGCAAAGACACUUGAGGCUUUACUUCUCCCCAGCAUAAGAGAGUGUUUCCCAGUGUUUCACAACAACAGCUUUACACACCAUUUCCACACAUGUCAGCAGAGGUCUCAACCAGAACAGGCCGUGUGAUAGAACAGAUAUGGUGGCACUUGAUUUAUCAAAAGCCUUUGAUACAGUCAAUCAUGCCACACUGUUCGGCCAAGUUUGAAACGUUGGAUAGAAACAUACAUGUGUAGACGCCAGUCGUACGUGGAAUUCAGAAACAAGAAGUCGAUCAUCCGUAGAGUUAAACAGGGAGUUCCCCAGGUGGGGUGAUAUCUCCGGAACUGUUUAACCUCUACUUUCCUGACAUUCCACGCCCUCCAGACGGCAUAAAGAUUAUAACGUACGCAGAUGAUUGUACGCUCGUGGCGUCCGGACCCAUUAUUGAUGACAUUUGCGAUCGGUUAAACGCUUACCUUGUUGAACUUACCGCCGUUUUCACUGCGAGGAAUAUGAAAAUAUCCGCCACUAAGUCGACGGCCACACUUUUCACCACAUGGACUGCGGAGCUGGGGCUAUCCUUGAAUGUGCAGGUCGUUGGUGCUACAAUUCCGACCACCAACUACCCCAAGGUAUUAGGGGUCACAUUCGAUAGCCUCUUUAAGUCGUCCGCGUAUACUACAGCUAUCUGCGACAAGAUAAGAAGUAGGAACAAGGUCCUCAAGUCUCUGGCCGGCAGUACUUGGGGAGCUGAUAAGGAAACCUUGUUGACCUCUUACAACGCGAUAGGUCAGUCUGUGGUAAACUAUGCGGCUCCGGUGUGGUCCGCCAACGUCAGUGCUACGCAGUGGAAAAAUGUUCAGUCCUGCGUAAUGCCGCCCUUAGAACUGCUUGGGUGUUAUAGACAAAACCAUCCGAAUCACCAUCUUGUGGAUAGGCAACUUCCGCCCAGGCACGUUAGGAAAGACCUUCAUGAUCUAGAGAGAGAGGAACAGAGGUAUAAGAGAGAGCCUCUAGAUCAACAGGCCUAUCAAGCGGGACUGAAUAGUAUUUACUCUAAUGCGAUCUCAGAAGCCAUUGCAGGAUAUAGAGUGAAUACUGUGCUAGGAGACCACCCCCCCUCCCGUCGCAGCUGAAGAACGAGGGCUGCCCCGACAAACCUGAGUAGUUUUGGCUCAAUUACGAUCCGGAUGGUGCAGCCGCCUCAAUUCCUACUAGGCCCGGAUUAGCAGCGACGUACAGAACAUCUGCCUAGUUUGUGGCACAGGCCCACAUGACACGCUGCACCUAUUUCGCUGCCCAGCCCCAAGCCUUCUCACCUAACUCCAGUCCCGUUAUGGACACAACCCAUACAGGUUGCAUCCUUUUUGAGACUGGACUUAAAGGCAGAACCUGAUUGAAUAAAGUCAGGAAAAUGGAAACCGAAGGAACACAGAUGUAUGAGCUGCUACAACAACAACUAUUUACUCUGACGCGGUCUCAGAAGUCAUGGAAGGAUAUAGAGUGAAUACUGUACUAGGAGACCACCCCCUCUCAUCACAGCUGAAAACGAGAACUCUCGUACAGGAUGCGUCCUUUUUGAGACUUAGAAGCAUAACCCGAUUGAGAAACCAGGAAAAACGCAACUCUGUAGAGGAGUCUUAUAGUGUCAAAUAGACACAAUAAAUAUGCAGCAAUUGGUUUUGUUUAUUUGAAAUUUUUAACAAAUUUUUUAUGUUGGUGAAAAACCGCCAAACAUGUAUGGAAUGUUGUGGUUAUUCCACAAAAUAUACAUUUUAGACGUUCUUGUAAAUAUGACGAUAUAUAUUAUGAGAGUGUUAAAACUUAUCAAUUGAGAAUGAAUGAGGAAAAGUUUUUAGUUGAAAUAAACACUAAGUCCAACUCACAAUAGACGUUAUUUAUUUGAUGUUGUUUUGAUCAACAAUAUUUUAGCUGGGACCCAAGAUAAAAGAUAAAAUCAGCAAAUAUAAAUUUCUGAUGAUGUUAUGCAUUAUGCGUGGAAACUGAAAGUCACAUCUACAUAAUUGUCACCAAUGUCCAUGUCCAAGUCCAUGAAUUUAUCUGUAUGGAUUAUCCGAGAAGUAAACUUCUUUGAGAUUUGUGCUGAGAUUUAAUAGCUCAGCAGCAUUGGAGUUAGUAUUCUUUCAAAAUUUAAAUGAUUAUAUAUAUUAAAGUUUAAUACAAGAAAAUAAUAAUUUCGAGCAAUUUGUUAUAGUAACGCAUUGAUCAUAUCGAAACUAGGGAAGCAACUGCCAAUAAUUGUCAAUAUGGGUUCUUGUUUUCGUAUAGCUCCUAUAUAAUGUUAUUCGGUUCUUCGACGCUUUUGGUCACCAUCUUGAUUAACAUUCUUUGUAACAAAGCCACCCGUAAUAUAGAUAUAUUGGGGAUAUCUUUAACAAAAUUUGUGGUUCACAGCUAUAACAAAAAUGAAUAAAAUGUUUUUUUUGUGGUAUUGUUUAAAUCGUUCGAUUACUACAAUAGUUCCCUUAAAGGUUGACUGAUAUAUCAAAAGUUUUCUUUGGUGACGACCGAAAAAAUGAUGUCCAGAUUUGAAUUCUAUGACACUAUGUAUUUUAUUUUUUGUUCAUAUUGUCGUAUGCUAUCAUAAAUCAGUCCUUUACAACUUCAUAAACAUUCAUUACCAUAUUAUCGGGAUACACAUACAACAAAACCGCAAAAGCGCCUGGAAGAGACAUUUGCAAAGCAAAUGGAAGAACUGGAAUCUUUGUAUGGAGGAUCGCUAAUUGUAUCCGUUCCUUCGGACACAUUACAACGAGAUCAUUUCACUGGCUCAACACGUAGCAGUUUAUCGUCGUUUUCUGAAAGCUAAGGUGUGGUUUUUGCUCAUAUUCGCGUAUUAAACCCCAAACCCAUAAUUACCAAUAUC